AUGAUUCAUUUCCACCAGACCGGCGUUCAUGUUGUGGAUGUUGUAAUUGUUGUGGCGGCUUCGGAUGUCCAGAAUGCUGCCAUCAUUGCUGUGGAGGAUGUUGCGGCUGCGGUCACUGCGAUUCCAUGUCGUUUCCAGUCACCUUUGGAGCAUGUGUUAAUAACCCAUGUUGUGAGUGCUGCAAGAAGCCGCCAAAGAAAGGAUAUUGCCAGUGGCCUUGCAUGUGGCCCUGCUGUUGUGAGUGCAAAGUUCCCGAAUUUAAACUGAAGCCACUGAAACCCAAAGCGGUUCCCAAGGAUUGUCACUGUUGCCAUGACUGUUGCCACGACUGCUGUCAUUGUUGCCACUGCCCUUGCUGCCACUGUUGCCAUGGCUGCCACUGCUGUCAUUGCUGUCGCCGAAAACGCGCAGGUAACUAUCAAAACACUUUACAAAAUUCAAGGGUCGGAAUCUUGAAUUACCCAUAGCAAAGGUUCUUCUCCGUGCUAGAAGUAGACCACCUGGCAAAUGAUGUUCUCCAUGCCUGAUGUAGAUUGCCUGCGUUUUUUCAUUUUGGGAGAGCCACUAAGGAUUCAGAUUUUUGGCCAGAUAAGUGUUGCAAAAAGAGACAACUAUCGAGUUCCUUAGGUACCUAUUUUCAGCAACCUAUACACAGAACACUCGUACUACUUACUUAACAGACAACUUCUGCUUCAUAUUUUGGGGGCCCCUCAUAUCGCCCAUGAGCAAGAAUUUACUGCUGACAGUUGCUUUGCUUUUUCACUUCCUAUUUUAGGAGGCUGUAAAAAGCGUUGCUUUCUUCCCCAGAUCGAGACUGUUGAGCCAUUACCUUACGUCUUCAAUCCCGUCUUACCUCUUUAUUAUGGAGCACCCUUACUGCCAAGCUACCCUUAUUACUACUUCUAAAGUGGGACGCAGAUUUAUUUAUCGCGAGAGGUUUGUAUCCGCAUCAUCAUGAAGUUACAUGAAAUUUGUUACAAGCACUGGCCUAAUGUAAAAUUGAAUGACUCAUUUGUAUGAAAGGGAAAUUUUAAAGAAUGGUUGCUAUUUGUCGUCUAUUAGUGGCAUUCAUUUUUAUCCCCUAGAUUGAAAAUAGCCGAUUUUUUCUCAUAAGCAACAAAAUCUUGUUUAGAUGUCCUUUUCAGCUUAUAUGAUAAAUUUGAAAAUUGAAUGUAGUGGGUUUUUCAGUUUGAAAAGAGAGACUUGUCUUCGUUUCUUUUCUUUCAUUCCUUUUUUUUCUCUUUCUUUCCUUUUUUUGAAAUGGUACUUAUUGGGAUAGCUGUUCACGUAACCAUUUUCCUUCGACUCUCUUGCAGGGUGCUAUUGAAGAACAAACUGCCGCCUGAUGAAAUGAAAUAAAAUGAUGCUGUAUCUAUUAGUGACCUGCUGGACGUUUUAGAUAAUUAGUUUGUUAAAUUGAGACACUUUAAGAAACUAUAAAAUUAGUAAAAUUAUUAAGAUUCUAAGACCGGAUAAUAGUUUGUUAAAAAUAAAGCGAAGAAAAACUCAAGUUAGUACUUUUAACAAUGAAAAUUUAUACAUUAAAGUAAAUUCCAUUACAUUAGAGUAAAUUAAAUCUUAGAAAAAUAAAAUAAACACAAAACGUUUACCUUUGGUUCAGUUAUUUAACUGGCAGUAUAACUGCAUGUUCUACUUGAUCGGCAUUAUUGUUAAUCAAACGAUCGCUUUGUAUAUCAUGUAUCUUGUCUUGAAUAAGCCUGUAAGCAUUUUCACAUCAUCUAUUAAAUUCUGGUAAACUCACACAUUUAAUGUUGUUGAUAGCUAUUCCAAAUGAGCUUUCUUGGAUCUAUCCUGAGAUUCAUUCACACACUUAUUCAUUUGUUUGUUUUCCAUUCUUUGUUACAGAGAAGAGAUGCGGAUGUGGAGGUUGUGGAGGUUGUGGAGGUUGCGGAGAUGCCUUUGAUUCUGGCGGCUGUGACUAUAUGGGAGGCUGCGGUGGGGCCCCUGGAGGUGUUUACGGACCAGGAGGCGGAUGCGGAGGAUGUGGAUGUGGUGCUGGACCUAGCUGCUGCGGUACAAAUGACUGGUGUGCUGCUGGUACUAUGUGCGCCAACUGCAAAGGAGGUUUUGGUCCUCCCAUCACUUGUUCAGGAUGUAACACUGGCUGUUGCCCAAGUCUUACUUUCCCUUGUGCUUUCGGUGCUACUGUCAAUAAUCCGGGAUGCGAAUGCUGCAAAGAGAAGACACCGCCUGGAAAGUGCAAAUGGCCAUGCAUGUGGCCUUGCUGCUGCACCUGUACUCCACCUAAGUUUGAGUUCAAACCUCUGAAACCCGAGCCUGUUUGUCAUUGUCCUUCACCACACAGCCAUCACACAGCCUGCGGACACCACUGCCUGAAAAGAACAGGUUUGAAUCUCGAGAAAAUGUUUAUCUACUCUCGUUCACAGAUGUAAUAAGCUUCAUGCUAAGUUACCAAUUUAUCAAUUUCUUCUGUAUUAACUUGUACCAUUUCUGCUGUCCUCAGCUAAACAUGGCCCAGUUAAACGCAGCUUGAUGGAAGAACAGCCUGCCGUUUAUAUGCAGUUUCCUCACAGUUAUGGCUAUGCACCAUUCUACAAUACACUCUACUAUGGUGUUCCAAUGAUGCCUUACCCAAGACAAUUUUAAAAGCAUCUGAAAGGUAGGCAAGCAAAUCUUAGCAUUCGGCCUUGAUUGUUUGUCAUUUAUUGACAAAUAAUAAUGAUAAUAAUAAUAAUAACAACAAUAAGGAUAAGGAGAAUGGUAAUGAUGAUUGAUGUUUUGUCUAUGAGGAUAACUGUCAAGAAAAUAAUUUGUCCAGCACGAAGCUUCCCUUUAUUAAUUACCUGCCACGACUAACUAAGCCUAUUAUGAGUCUAAGCGAGACGAUUGUUAGAAGAUUUAUAGUAAAGGGGUUUUCUUUGUCUCAAUGCCCUGUGACUGUUUUUUGGUUUGUUUAAAAGAAUUAACCUGGUGUCAAUGUCUUUCCGCUUUCCUUUUAGAUACGACAUCAAAAUAAAUGAAUGCAAGGGACAUCCAUUGUUCAGAGGAAACAAAAGUUUGGCCUCCGUCUAAACGAGAAAUUUUCAUAAAAUGAUGAAAAAGAAUGGACGAUCGUCUCUCCAAGCUGAACAUUUAAAUUCUAAGGAAAAAACACAUUGAGAGGAAAUAUCGUCAUAUGUAACGAAUGAUUAUUUACACAUUUUUAAUGAGAAAUUUGGUCAAUAAAUUGAACAAAAAUUUAACAUGAUUUUGUGUGUCUGGCAUCGCUACCAUCUAACUCCCGAUGAUCCCCAUAUCAAGGCAAUGGAUUUAAUCGUAUUGCCUCUGCUAUUCUCAUAUUCGCCUUUAGUGCAAAUUACGAAUUUACUUGAGGUAUCGAUUGCGUUUACCCACGCAAAUGACCAUUUUUGCUCCAUCACUUCGAUGAAUUAAUUCAACAAGGUUAUAGGAGAUAGACGCAAACAUGCGGAACUCUCGCUGCUGUCCCAAAUGAUGCGUAGUAUUUUCGAAGGAAUCAAGACAAUGUUAAAGAGUUUGAGCUGAGCAUUCUUAUUCCGUUUAUCCCUGGCUGUCUAAUUUCGAUGCAACUUGGCGAUAACAUCUAUUGUUUGUCGCCAAAUUAGAAAUCUCUCAAAAGGUACGGCAGCAUUCGACGACAACCAACAACCUUACAGUCCCCUUGAGGUAUACUUCUUCUUAUUUGAUUAAAUUACAGUAUAUUACCGUAGUAAGUAGUUGAUUUGAUUUAAACAGAAUAACACCAGUAAAAUAGCAGUUUUCAGGAAAAAAAACAGCCUUCAAAAAAGGCUAAAAAUUAAUAUUGCUUCUAUUAUUUCUCAGUAAAACGACAAUGUUGUGGAUGUGGUGAUAUGGGGUGCGGAGGCUGUUGUGGUCCAAAUGACUGGUGUGCUGGGGGAACCAUGUGCUCUAACUGCAAAGGAGGCUUCUACCCACCUAUAACCUGCGGAGGUUGCAAUACCGGCUGCUGCCCCGGCAUAACAUUCCCUUGCGUCUUUGGUGCCUCUGUCAACAAUCCUGGAUGCGAAUGUUGCAAGGAGAAGACCCCGCCGGGAAAGUGUAAAUGGCCAUGCAUGUGGCCCUGCUGCUGCACCUGCACUCCACCUAAGUUUGAGUUCAAACCACUGAAACCCGAACCUGUCUGCCACUGCCCUUCUCCACACAGUCAUCACACAGCCUGCGGACACCACUGCCUGAAAAGAACAGGUUUGAGACUUUCACAAAUACCCACAUUGUACUGUCCAAUAUCACACAAUCACCACGCAGCCUCUGGAUCUCAGUGUUUAAAAUCAAACAGUAUGCACCUUGUUACUAAUGUUUUCAACAAAGGACAAACAGCUUUUUCUUCCCCAAACGAAUUUUUUUUACCUUCUGUAAGAAACGCUUGCUAGCACAACCAUAUGAAUGCAAUGGUACACAUUGAGAAAAACUCAUUCAUUUUAACAGCCAUUUAAGGGAGCAACUGCAAGAAUGAAAUGAAUUAUUGCGACUGAAAUUGAAAUUGAUAUCCCUAUUUGGAGUUAGUCUCGUGAACGAUAUCCUUUUGUCUUAUUCCCAGGUGGUAAAGGGCCGGUAAAGCGAAGCCUUUUGAAUGAAGGCCCCUCUGCUUUCUUACCGACGCCUUACAGUUAUGGUUAUGCACCAAUCAUCAGUCCAUUCUACAACACACUACCGAAUAUGCCGUACUAAGAUGAGCCCAAUGAGCCUACUUUCUCUUUCAAGCAAGGUAACAAGUCAAGACACGUUAAAUAAUUCAGUCAAAUAUUAAAUUGUUAAAAAGUUCAUUCAAUCAGGUAAAUGGAUUCAUAGGAUAAGGACAAUUUGAUUUUACUUUUUCACAAGACAUGCUUUUGCUAUUUGGUUUGCCAUCUUCAUUCAAGAUGAGAUUCUUUGAACUUUUAUGUACGUACAUAUACAUUUUGUUCGUUUAUCACAAGACGUUUCGUUCUUAGGCCUCUAGCUUUUUUGUACGGCAAAAAUCUGUUAGAGACUUAAGUCACUUUUUAUAAUCAUUGAUGCUCUUGUUUUUUUUUUUUUCAGAUGAAGGCAUUUUGUGAAUGACGAAAGAUGGAGGAAUGAGUCGUGUUAGCUCCCUUGACAGAAAUUGCUCCCAAAGGAUUUAUAUUUCCUAAAUUACCAACACUCUAUUAUAUUUAAGAAAAAUUGCAACAGCUUUGAAAAGCUUAUACACUUGACGAUGAAAUGUGAAAUAAAAUGUUUGUGAAAUGAAUGAGC